GAUUUAAAAGGAUGACAAGGCGGACCCGGUCAUUAGCCCACGCCUGGGGUCUCCGUAAGGGCAGCAGGGAAAGGGGACCUCUGCCCAACCUAGGGCUCAGCCUCGCCGGCUCCCCGGGGCUCACCCAGCAGUCGCCGAGCAAAGAAGCGGGCUCCGGAGGCCUCUGGCCAGGCACGACAAGGAGAGGAGGGACAACCAGAGACAGUCACCCGAACCCAGCCUCCAGCAACGAGUCCCUGCUGCCCGGCGCCUGCGCCCAGGAGCACUUCUCGCGCCGACCGUUUGUAUUUGGAAGGAUGAGUUCAAGCCCGCCACGCACCGCGGUAAAACCUUCAAAGCUGCGGGCUCCUCAGCGCUCCUGGAUUCCCCCCUGCAGAUUCCACACCGGGUUCGUUAAGAUCUUUGAGGAAAGUGACUCUGCUGAGAGCCUCCUCAAUGGUCAGUCCAAUAUUAACUUGCAGAUUAUAAGUCUGUAUAAUUUUGAUGGUCAGACUGACUCGGGCUGCAAAGUCAGAAACAAAGAAUCUAUAGCGAAUCGUAAACAACGGAAAUAAAAAUGUUUUUUCGUUAAGAGUCAGAGCCCUAACGUCACUUCCGGCAACAAUAGGAAACGUCAAAACACGGACGGUCGGCAGUUCUGGCCAUUGUAGCUUGAGGUUCUUUGAGUUCGGAGUGGUCUGGUGCUGUUUCUGGUCCUUUCACCACCCUCACCUCCACCAGCGAGAACAAGUGAACUUUGAACCGGCUUCUCCAUGGCCUGAGCGCCAGUUCCCGGCUGAGCCAUUUUCUUUUUGGCUGAAAGCCCCUACCCAGAGGCAGAUUCGUCGCGGCGGCGGUGGAGAUCGCAGGUCGCUCAGGCUUGCAGAUGGGUCAGGGGCUGUGGAGAGUGGCCAGAAACCAGCAGCUACAACAGGAAAGUUAUAGUGAGCAAGGCUACCUCACCAGAGAGCAGAGCAGGAGAAUGGCUGCAAGCAACAUUUCUAACGCCAAUCAUCGUAAACAAGUCCAAGGAGGCAUUGACAUAUAUCACCUUUUGAAGGCAAGGAAAUCUAAAGAACAGGAAGGAUUCAUUAAUUUGGAAAUGUUGCCUCCUGAGCUAAGCUUUACCAUCUUGUCCUACCUUAAUGCAACUGACCUCUGCUUGGCUUCAUGUGUUUGGCAGGACCUUGCUAAUGAUGAACUUCUCUGGCAAGGGUUGUGCAAAUCCACUUGGGGUCACUGUUCCAUAUACAAUAAGAACCCACCUUUAGGAUUUUCUUUUAGAAAAUUGUAUAUGCAGCUGGAUGAAGGCAGCCUCACCUUUAAUGCCAACCCAGAUGAGGGAGUGAACUACUUUAUGUCCAAGGGUAUCCUAGAUGAUUCGCCAAAGGAAAUAGCAAAGUUUAUCUUCUGCACGAGAACACUAAAUUGGAAAAAACUGAGAAUCUAUCUUGAUGAAAGGAGAGAUGUCUUGGAUGACCUUGUAACACUGCAUAAUUUUAGAAAUCAAUUCUUGCCAAAUGCACUGAGAGAAUUUUUUCGUCAUAUCCAUGCCCCUGAAGAGCGUGGGGAGUAUCUUGAAACUCUUAUCACGAAGUUCUCACAUAGGUUCUGUGCUUGUAACCCUGAUUUAAUGCGAGAACUUGGCCUUAGUCCUGAUGCUGUUUAUGUACUGUGCUACUCUUUGAUUCUACUUUCCAUUGACCUCAGUAGCCCUCAUGUGAAGAAUAAAAUGUCAAAAAGAGAAUUUAUUCGAAAUACCCGUCGCGCUGCUCAAAACAUUAGUGAAGAUUUUGUAGGGCACCUUUAUGACAACAUCUACCUUAUUGGCCAUGUGGCUGCAUAAAAGCACAAUUGCUAGGACUUCACCUUUUGACUUUAGACUAAAGCUACCCAAGGACUUAUUUAUCAGAUAUGGAGGUUACAUCAGUGCUGGUCAUUCUAGCCUGUGUAUACAAUCAAGCUUGAGUGUACAACAUAUUUUUCUUUUGCUGUUUUCUUUUUUAGUAAUUUUCUUGGGGAACUAAAUAAUUUUGCAGAAUUUUUCCUUAUUUUGCCUAUCAUGUUUUGCACAAAGCAGAGCCAUUGUCUGACACAGCUGUUAAGGAAUGUUAAACUGAAUUAUACUCUAAAAGAUGGUGUAUUUGUGCAUUAGAUUUGCCCGAAAAACUUUAUCCAUUUUCAUUCUUUUUAAAAAUACCAUGUAAUGUGUACAUAUUUAACUAAAGAGAUUUAUAAUCAUAAUUAUUUUAUUUGUAAUGGUUUUAACUAAAGUUUUUCCUUUUCUCUCAAACUGAGUUCUGAAAUUUAUUUGAUUCUGAUCUGAGAUUACUGUCAUCAUAAAAGUUGGAUCUGACUUCAGAUAGAAACCAAUACCAGCUUUUUUUCCUUCGAAUUUUGGAAAGAAUGUUGAUUUGUUAUAUUACUAUGCAAAACCAUCACUCAUUUUAUAAUAUAAAUAUAUCACUUGAUUUUUCAUUUUUAAAACUUCUGGGUUAGUUAAGUCUCAAGUCCAUUAAGCCAUUUAGGAUUUUUAAAGAAGGUCAAAACUUAAGAUUUACACUCAUAAAAACAAAAUAAAACAUUAUUGGCACUCUGGUAAA